AGCCCUCCCGCAGCUGAAUUGAAAAGGAAAGCGAACCCUCACUCUUCCAUAUCCAAAAUCCUUUCCAAUCAAACCCACAAAUAAAAAUAUAUAAAUUAUAUUUCUAUAUCCACCAUCUAUAACAUUAAAGUGAAACUUCAUUCGAGUUCUCGAAGGCUCUGGUUUUUUUCUCGCUUUGGUUUUGAUACCUUCACACCCAAAUAUUGAGGAAACUGUUAAAAUAGUAGUUUCUUGACUUGUUUCCUCAAUGGGGGAUGCGGAAAAUGUCCUUCCAUCUUCAAAGAAGCGGGCUGCUUUAAGGGAAAUCUCUCGAGAUGAUCCUGGUCUUGAUGAUGAGGAAGAUACUUCUGAACAAGAGGCUGGAACCUUCAAGAGGGCCAGUGAGGAGGUCCUGGCAACCAGAAGAAUUGUUAAAGUCCGUCGCCCUCAGACGACCUCUGCUCCCUCAUCCAAUCCUUUUGCUCGGAUCCGGUUGGUUUCUAAUGAAAGAUCUAGUGAGAAAGCACCUUUGGAUGAUGUAGAUGGAAAAACGAAAUCAAGUGAGGAGAAAGAGAAAGGUAAAGAUGAGGAUAAUAAGCAGUCAGAAAGCCAUGUUAAUGAAAAUGAGGCUGAAGCUGCCACUGAUAAAAAUAAUACUGCUGUAGAGGUGGAGAAAAGUAAUAUUGCCAGUGAGGCAACAGAACCUGUGGCUGAUAAUGAACCAGCUAUAGCAGAAGAUAAGACUGGAAGUGAUGAUAAGAAAGAUGAUGAACCAGCUGUAGGAGAAGAUCAGCCUGAAAGUGAUGAUAAGAAAGAUGAUGAACCAGCUGUAGGAGAAGAUCAGACUGCAAAUGAUGAUAAAAAAGAUGAUGAACCAGCGGUAGGAGAAGGUAAGACUGAAAAUGAUGAUAAGAAAGAUGAUGAGCCAGCUGUAGGAGAGGAUGAGACUGAAAAUGACGAUAAGAAAGAUGAAUCAACUGAUGAUGUAGAUCCAAAUGCUGAAAGUUCUCGCUUGAGCUCAUUCCAACAGCUUUCAAGUAGUCAAAACGCCUUCACAAAUCUUUCUGGAACUGGCUUUUCUACAUCUACAUUCUCCUUUGGGUCAAUAGCAAAGGAUGGGUCUGGUACAGGUCCUGGUUCACUUUUUGGAUCAAAAAGUGACCAACCUUUUGGACUUGGUUUAUCCAAUAAUGGGAAUUCCUCCCUUUUUGGCACACCAGGGGCACCUAUUGUAUCUAAGAGUGAGGGAAGCAGUUUCCCUUCAAUGCAUGAGGUUGCAGUUGAGACUGGAGAAGAAAAUGAGGAAGUGGUUUUUAAUGCUGAUUCUGUAUUGUUUGAGUUUAUGGAUGGAGGAUGGAAGGAGCGUGGGAAGGGAGAACUGAAGAUUAAUGUCUCCACAACUGGAACAGAAAAAGCUCGACUCCUCAUGAGAGCUAGGGGAAACUACAGGUUAAUUUUGAAUGCCAAUCUUUACCCAGAUAUGAAGCUUACAAAUAUGGAGAAGAAGGGCAUCACAUUUGCUUGCGUAAAUAGUACAGGGGAAGGCACAGGUGGUUUUUCCACAUUUGCUUUGAAGUUCAAGGAUGGUUCCAUAGUCGAGAAGUUUUGCACUGUUGUCACAGAACACAAAGGCAAGACACCUGCUGCUCCUGCGGUCCUGAAGACUCCCGAAAAUUCCCCCAAGGCUUCUGAUGAAUGAAAGGUUUGCUUGGCGUGGAUGAACUGAAAAUCCUAUUUUCUGCGAUGAAGUUUGCUGAGAUAGCUGCCCUCUUUCUGUUAAAAAAAUGAGAAACAGAAAAGUUGUUUUACAGUUCGGCACUUCCUAAAGUCCCUUUCUAGCAGAGUUAAUAGAGUCAUGUCUGUUUUGUUGUAGUUUAAUUUUUCGGUCUCUAAAAGUAUGUUAAAACUUCAUUUUGGGUAAAUCUUGGUCCGGUCUGCUUAAAGCA